UAGCCUAUUCACCUGGCCAUGGAUCCAACACUUAAUCAAACCAAAAAUUUAGAACCUGUGCGAUGUCAUCAGACAAAAAAAACAAUGACCAUAGAAAUACCGGCUCUGGGACGCCCCUUCUCCCUUGGGAUGCUGUAUGACUGUUGCCAUGAUAAGCUUAUUCCAGGAAUAACAUUAUGGAACCAUGAGGCAUUGGGAGAGAAUGUGGCAUCAACACCGCAAGAUAAUACAUCAUUUGACUUUAUAGCUUCAGACACUGUUUCUGAUAAAUCAUCAGCCCUGGAUAUCACAGCAUCUAUGAAAGCCAGUUUCCUCUCUGGUCUGAUAGAAGUUGGUGGAUCUGCACUUUACCUAAAUGACACUAGGACAUCUAAGAACCAAGCCAGAGUCACCCUAAAGUACUCAAGAACCACAAGAUUUGAUCAGCUGAGCAUGAACCAUGUAGGUGUCCAGAACAUGACUAACCAUGAUGUGUUUGACAAAGGGACGGCCACCCAUGUGGUCACUGGUAUUUUAUAUGGUGCUCAAGCCUUCUUUAUAUUUGAUCGUGAGCUGUCUAAAUCAGAGAACAGUCAGGAUAUACAGGGAAAUCUCCAGGUCAUGAUUAAAAAGAUUCCCUCACUUACAAUUGAAGGAAAGGGAGAUCUGAAAAUGGAUGAUAAAGAAAAGGAAGAAGUUAAAAAAUGUAGCUGUAAGUUUCAUGGAGACUUCGCCCUGGAGAGUAAUCCGGUCACAUAUGAAGAUGCCAUAAAGAUUUAUACUGACCUCCCGAAGCUACUAGGAGAGAGAGGGGAAAAGGCUGUACCUGUGAAAGUCUGGCUGUAUCCACUGAGGAAACUGGAUAGUCAAACUGACCAAUUGGUUAGAGAUAUUAGUGCAGAUCUUGUAUUCAGGACAGAAAAGGUGAUACAGGAAAUGAUAGAUGUUACCAUACAGUGCAAUGACCUGAUGAGACAUCCGGCUGCAGAGAAAUUUCCUGACAUCAAGAAUAACAUCAUUCAGCUCAGAGAGCUGUGUGAUCGAUUUAAACUCACAUUUCAGAAGCAGCUUGCACAGAUCUUACCCGCUAUCCGUGAUGGGGGAUCAGAGGAAUCUGCACUUGCUGACUUCUUAAUUAGUAUACAACAAUCUCCAUUUGACAGUCUCCACAUUACACAGUUUUUUAGCAGUAAGCAACAGGAGAUGGAUACUGUGAGCUCUUAUCUCACAGUGCUGCCCAGUAUCAAAGUAUUACCAACUGAGACUGCAAGAAACAAACUAAUAUCUGACCCUCUGAUUGACUAUGUUUUGUGUUACAAUUUUACAUCAUUAAAUGAGGAGCCAUAUCUUUCUGAUAUGUGUAAUUGGCUCCAAACAGCUGGACACGAUGUCUAUAAGAAUAAAAAUAUCUCAAUGUGGUUCAAGGACAAAGAUGUUGUUAAGAAUGCCAGAAGAUGUGUGAGAGCAUUUCAGGAAUUUGCUGACACCAAUGCAUCCAGUGAGGAGACCCAAUUCAUUAUCUCAUCUAUCACUGACCAGAGUAAUCCUGGAGUCUCUAUUUACCUGUAUGCAGAUGGGGAUUUGCUGAGUGCAAAGUUUGAGCCUCCAACUAAACCAAAUCCCCCAGUUAUCAGCGGUAGAACCCAUGAUAGUAUGGAGCUCACCCUCAGCCCUGCAGACUUUGGGAAAGAGUUCAUAGUAGGAUAUCACGUAGACUAUAGAUCUGCUGAGGAGGAGAACUGGUCACAUUUUAUAACAAAGAAUAAAGAUCAGAAGAUCACAGUUACAGGACUAAAGCCUCAUAGAAAGUAUCAGUUCAGAUACUCUGCAGUGUGUAAUCCAGGACUCAGUGCUGCCAGUAGUGUUACAGAAGGUGAAAUAACUCUUCCCACUAGUCCACCUGAAGCCAUACAAGGCACAAAUGUGUCGGCCAAAUGUGGUGACUCUGGGGUCAAUGCUCCCAGUGAUAAGAUUGUAGAUAUGACAACAAAUAAAACAUCCUCUUAUAGCAAAUGUCAGCAUAUUAAAGAAAAUAUGAUGCUCUCAAAGGGAACAGAAAAAGGAAAGCCUUCCAUAUAUCAGCUUUACACAGAUAGUUGUGAGUCUGGAUAUCAUAAAUACAGCUUGGGAAAAGAAAAUAUUCAGAUACCUAAUAAAGUGAUUCUAUUAGUAGGAGCUACAGGAACAGGAAAAACAACCCUGAUCAAUGGGAUGGCCAACUACAUCUUGGGUGUGGAAUGGAAAGAUGACUUUAGGUUCAAACUCGUACACGAGGUCACAAAUAAAUCUGAGGCUCACAGCCAAACCUCUCUAGUUACAGCCUACAAGAUGAACCAUGAAAGUGACUACCAAAUUGAAUAUUCCCUCACCUUGAUAGACACACCAGGGUUUGGAGACACAAGAGGAAUAGCACAGGACAAGAAGAUCACAGAGGACAUUCAUACAUUUUUUACAGCUGGCGGUGGUAUUGAUCAGAUAGACGCUGUGUGCUUUGUAGUUCAGGCUUCUUUGGCUCGGUUGACACACACCCAGAAAUAUAUUUUUAAUUCUAUUUUCUCUAUCUUUGGGAAAGAUAUCAGAGACAACAUACUGAUGCUGAUCAACUUCUCAGAUGGGGAGAGACCUCCAGUACUGGAGGCCAUAAAAGCAGCUGAUGUCCCCUGCCCUGUGGACAGUGAGGAUGACCCCGUUCACUUCAAGUUCAACAAUUCAGCUCUAUUUGCCAACAAUCAGAGUGACAUGAGUGUCAAUGAUUGGUUGUGGAAGAUGGGGGCGCACAGUAUGAAAACAUUUUUCAGUGAUUUGAGUAAAAUAGAAACCAAAAGUCUAACACUGACCAAAGAAGUCCUAAAGGAACGGAAAAAGCUUCAAAUUAUGCUACAGGCCUUACAGCCACAGAUAAAGACUGGGCUAAUGAAACUGGAUGAAAUAAGAAAGACACAGGACGUUCUGCAGCACAAGAAGGAUCGUAUGGCAGCAAAUGAAGACUUUGAGUAUGAGGUAACCACAACUGAUCCAGUACAGGAGGUGAUAACACAUGGCUUCAUAACCAACUGCCAGAAAUGUCACUUUACCUGUCACUAUCCCUGUCAGAUUGCUGAUGACAAAGAGAAAUAUAACUGUGCUGCUAUGUGUAAUAACUACUGUACAGUGUGUCCAGGUAAAUGUAUCUGGAAUGUUCAUUACAAUCAGAAAUAUAAGUGGGAUUACGUGACUAAAACAGAAAAAAGAACCUAUGAAGAGUUGAAAAAAAAUUAUGAAGCAGCUUCUGGAGAGGUGAUGACUGCAGAAAAGGUGUUCAUACAACUAAACAAGGAGUAUAGUACUGUGAAACAAGCCGUGUUUGACCUUAUUAAGAAGUCCUCCCAGAGUCUGAAGCGCCUCCGUGAAAUCGCUCUAAUACCAAACCCUCUGUCAACCACCGAAUACAUUGACCUGAUGAUACAGAAUGAGGAACAUGAAGUCAAACCAGGAUAUCAGGAGAGAAUCCAGUCCCUGAUGGAGGUCAGACAGACGGCGGAGAUAUUAGAGAAGAUCCAGAAGGGAGAAGAGCUACUGCCUGGAGAACAGGGAACCAUGCCAAAAUAA